AGCUGCCGUCAGCUCCGUGUCUUCGUCAUGGCACUUCUCACAAGUCAGGCCCGGCAGUAAGUAGGCACUGUUUGGCACUACCGGAGGUGAGACACAGCUGAUAUAAGUUGCUCUACAGUGGCUACCUACCCUACAUACUGCUCUACAGGAUAAAGUAAACUCAAAGAAGCGCGGGGGUGACGUCACACAUUCGGCUACGCUCGGGUCUGAGUCGGGUUACCAAAUAUGGUUAUGAGGCCGCGCGGCGAUGUGACGUAGUGGCAGCCACACACCGCUCGUGGUUUCAACUGCACGUGGAGAACAAACACAUUGAUAAAGGUUAAAUAUGGUCUAUUUUUUUAUUUUUGUUGCAAUUGUUGUGUUAACAAAGACAAAAUAAUACAUAACUAAGCCGCAACGUAAGGUUGCGCACUCAGGAUUUGAAUAACUUGCAACUUAUCGACUUUUCGCUCCCCGAGUACGGAGAACAUAGAGCUGACGUCUCAGUGACGUCACGGUACCUCGCGCUGAUUGGCUGGGCCAGGAGCACUAGUCCCAUUCAUAAAACUGGCGGGACAAACCCGCGAGGUGUUCAGUGAGUAUCGUGGCAGUGUUGAGGACGGAGGUGCCAGUUGCCGUCACCUUGGCUCCACUGGAAGAAUCUUGGUCGCUUGGGGCUCGCCGUUGCCUCUUGCGCUUGCCACCUUCAACCAUAUCAGGCUCGGGGUCGACUCACCCACAGCCUGAAGACACCCAUACUUCUAGUGAAGACGAACUAAACUUUUCCAAUAUGAUUAUGGACGGCAUUGACUCGGUGUCCCCUGCCGUGCAGUUCAGUUUGGUGAGCUUUGACACUUUUGGCAAGAGCGGGGAGUGUCUACCAUCACCCCUGCCUACAGUGUCCAUAUACGACCGAACUGUGGAGGAAUGUCUCAACACUCCCGUCACUACUUCAGAGAUGCCGACCUUCUUCGGGCCUAUAGAGCCUCUCCCAGACCCGCCCCCCAUCACAGCCUCGGUGGGCAGCGCGGAGGAGAAGCGCAGCCCGGCGAGAGUGGGGGAGCCCCCGUCCCCCGCCUCACUCCCCCACCAGGAACAUCUACAACCUGUCCACCACCUCCACCCGACCCCGGCCUCCACCCCUGUUCACCAGGAGGCCGUGAAGCAGGAGGUGCAGGAGGCCACAGUCAGCCCCCGAGGCGUGUCUCCUGGGGUGCUGGUCAGCCCUUGUGGGUCCCCGGGGGAGAGUGGAGCUGACACCACCAUGUUCCCCCACCAGGCGGCGGCGUCAGCAGCGGCGGCGGGUGGCACCACACAAUCCACCCCAGAAAAUCAGAAGCUACAGUACCGCGGGUCGUUCACGACGGCGACGCCAGCAGGCCCCAUCACAGGUCCUCAGGUCACCACGCCUUCCCCUACCACCCUCAGCGCCUGGCUCUUCCCUAACACCUCACAUGACAAAACCUCCGUCCUUACGCCCUUCCUCGGCUUCCUCCAGCAGCCCGCUGGCCAUCAGGUCCUGUCGGAUCCCUCAGUUUCUGUGGCCGGAGGCUUCCCUGCCACCAGCUAUGAAGACCGGCUGCCGGCCCUCUCCCUCUCUAACGCAGAUCUCAUACCCUUCGAAAUACAGUCGCCCGGGGCACUCAAGCAGCCACCCACCUACUCAUCGUGUUCCUCAGCUUCCGUCGUCACCACCACCUCCCUCACCAGUGCUCAGCUCCAGCAGUCCCAGCAGCUGCCCAUCCCAGGGACGCAACAGCAGCAGCAGCCACAACAGCCACAGCCACCGACUCAGCCACAGCAAUCUCAGCCCCAGCAGCAGCAACAGCAACAACAACAACAACAACAGCAGCAGCAACAGCAGCAGCUAGCGGGUGUAGGUCAGGCUGGAGCAAUACAGGUAGACUUCAACCGAGGGAUGGUGAGCAGCGUGGGCAACAAGUUUCAGUAUGCAGUGGGCAGCUAUACGUCCCCACAAGUGCCAUACAGUGAGCCCGUGCCGGGACCCUCAGGCGUGGUGGUGCCCAAGCAGGAGCCGCUCUACCAGGACGCUGCCUCCCUGGCCGAGUACAAUCAGUCGACUAGCAAGGGACACGAGAUCCUCUCACAGGUGUACCAGCAGAGUCCGCUGCCCCUCAAGCUACUCCCCGUGAAGCCCCGAAAAUACCCCAACCGGCCAAGCAAGACGCCGGUGCAUGAGAGACCAUACGCCUGUCCCGUCGAGAACUGCGACAGACGGUUCUCCCGCUCUGAUGAGUUGACGCGACAUAUCCGAAUCCACACGGGCCAGAAGCCCUUCCAGUGUCGGAUUUGCAUGAGGUCGUUCUCUCGCUCCGACCACCUAACCACACACAUCCGCACACACACGGGGGAGAAGCCCUUCUGCUGCGACGUUUGCUCCAGAAAGUUCGCGCGCUCUGACGAAAAGAAGAGACACGCGAAAGUUCACCUCAAACAAAAGCUAAAAAAGGUGAGUGGGAGCUCGCCGAGCGCGCCGCCCCCACCCACCACCACCAGUAGUAGUAGCGCCUCCCUCACAGCCCCCGGAACCAGCUCACAGCACCAACAGCCGCCACACCUACAGCAGGUCCCGACACAGCAACAGCAGCAGCCGGUACCUCAGACCCAGCAGCAGCAGCAGGCGGCGCAGCAGCAGGCGGCGCAGCAACAGGCGGCGGCGCAGCAGCAGCACCAACAGCAGCUGGUGACAGCGGGGGUGGUGGGCGGGGCCGGCGUGGUGGUCACGACGGUGUAAACAAACCCACCUCAACCUCCUCAGUUCUCCAUAAGACAUUUUUUUACAAGCUUUAACUAAGCUUUAUGGGCGGGGCCGGGCGGUGGGCGGGCCAGGUGUGGGCGGGGUAGCACCAUGCCCGCAUUAACUCCCUCAUUAACCAGUAACUCGGUAACCACCGCGGCUACCGGCCACCUCGUCUCCCCUGGGCCUCGACUUCCCGACACCUCGCCCCUCAACCCCACUAUUUUUGUAUAUUGAAGUGGCGGCGGAGGGCGGCCAUGGCCCUGCAGUGUGGCGACCUUCUCCUCCACUACUAAGUCAACUCUUGUGUGUGUUGUUAAAGGGGAGGUCCCCCCCACUCCUCACUGACGGAGCGGCGCCCCCUGGGUCUACCUCGAGCCCUCGGCGCCCCUCUUGUGACCUUCCUGUGUCAGUCUUGCCGUGCCAUAACCUGAACUGUGUCAAGUGUCAGUGCCAUCAUCCCCCCCCCCCACCAGGAGCGAGAGGGCGGUGCCUCCAGGGUCGUCCCCGCCCCCCUCACCCGCAUGUCACGGGCCAGACUGUAACGUUAUGGGUCAGGCUGUGACGUCAUUGGUCAGGCUGUGACGUCAUUGGUUAGACUGUGAGGUCACUGGACAGGCCUUAGCGACGUUAAAGACUAAAUCGUGAUGUCAUUGGUCAAAAACAUUGUGAUGUCACUGACCGGGCCGCUAUGUCGUUGGUCAGGACGGUGUGGUGUCAUUGACAAGAAAUGUAAUGUCAUUGAUAUGACCGGUGACGUCACCAACCUGGCUGUGACGUCAUUGGUCAAGUCGUGUGUGACGUCACUGACCAGGCUGUGCUCCUCACUCGUUGUUUUCUAAUAUUUGGAAUGCCAUGUGAUGUUAGAUUGUGAUUUGUGUUCGUCAUUAUUGUGAUCUGUAGCUGUCAACUUUUAUUUAUAUUUUUCUACGUGAAGUUUACGUCCGAAAACAAAGAGAAUUAUUGAAAACAUUAAAAAAGAGUCCUCGAACUGACUGUGUCUCCCACUAUUUCCCUCUCUCUCCCUCUCGGGGCUGAUCAUCUCUCUCACCCCUAGGUCUACCUCUCCAGGGUGUACCAUAUCCCUAUCUCAGGAGGCAGAAACCCAAGGUAGAGACCAUCUCUCUACUCCACAAACUUCAAAAAGGUAGAGAGACCAAAAUCUUCCUCAGGGCACAACAAACUAAAAGAACCUGUGGUGGAGACUCUCUCUCUCUCUCUCUCUCUCUCUCUCUCUCUCUCUCUCUCUCUCUCUCUCUGACACCCGAGGUAGAGACCGUGUGUUUCUACCAGGACAUGAGACAGGUGGUGGCGCCCCCUCCCCGCAGGUUGGUGGCCCCUGGGGUAGAGACAGAUGGGACAGAUGGUGCCCCUCCAGGUAGUGGCCCCGUGGGUAGAGACAGGUGGUGGCGCCCUCUCCCUCCACAGGUGGUGACCCCGGGGGUAACUCCUCAACACCACUAGUGACUCAGGUGGUGCAAAGUUGGCGACGAGUGGGAGUGUCACCUUGAGGCAGACACCCCGAGCCCAGGAAAAACCCAGCUAGCAGUUAGCUUGAUUACGGCUAAAAUUAGCUGGAAUCCAUGUAAAAAAAAAAUAUUUGCUUGGACACAGCUAACUAUAGCCGUAGUCCAGACAUAGAGACAGCUCGGGUUUAUCUAGCAGCACUUGUAACAGAAUCCAGCCACAGGUAGACGAAAUUGAAGUAGAUUUAUUGAACCAAUUCUAUAGAGAUACCAUUAUAUACUGUAUACAUACGAGGGAUGAACCUUGAAACAUUGAUGUGAUAUAAACAAGGUAGGCAAGAAUGUGAUAAGUAUUAGUGAUAAAAUAUAUUAUAUGCUAUAACACUGUGGCUGGCAUUGUGAUAUAUGGAAAGGUGUGAUAUAGGGAGUGGAGACUGUUAAGGGUGGCCCCAUCUUCAACCUCCAUUUUAUAAACAUUAAAAAAUGUAUAUGUUUCAAAGAGGAUUUUUAAGCAUUUAUUUUUUUUUCUCAAUCAGACCAACAAUGUCUUCUUGUGAGACACGUUCCUCAAGCCACAUCUUUCUCAGCUCUCCACAAUCAGUUUUUUACACAUCUCGCACAAACCAUUUUCCAAAUAAUAUAAUUAAUUCAUUACUGAUCGUGUGUCAAGUAUAAUAAGUUUUUCGCGUCGCCUCGACUUUGAGAAGCUGCAAGUCUUUUUUAUGCGAUUCCCAAAGUUUUCGAGGCGGAAAAACAAAUCCAAAGUUUUGUGACGGAUAGAUGUAUAUAUUUGCAAAAUUUAUGUGUUAGAGGAAAAAACAAAUAUAAAUAUAUAUAUAAAUUCAAAUAUUAAAGUUUUAUAGAGAAAACAAAUUGGUGGGUGAUGUUAAGAGUGAAGGCGGCCACUGCCUCAACCUCCGCUCGUUGCCAAGACUUUGGAAUUAACGGUACAAAAUCGCCUUAUGACUCUAUAUGCCUGUGAGUUCUUGAUUCUUUGUACAAAUAUCUGUUGGUGUAUAGAAGAAAGACUGUUUUAACGAGAGAAUCUAUAUUCACGAUGUCCUGGAAAUGUGACGUUGGGGUAACCUUUUUUUGAGAGAUAUCUGUAUAGAAAGGAAGAGUUGUCAAGAGAGAAUCUUUAUAAAACAAUAGGUGCCCAGACCAUUGUGACGUGAGGUACUGUUCAUUGAGAUAUCUGUAUAGCAAGACUUGUCUUAAGAGAGUCUAUAUAUAUAAAUAUAUAUAUAUAUGAAAAAAACAUAAAUAUACGGUGUCCAUGAAUUGUGGCGACGUUGAAGCUGUACUUUCUAUUGAGGUAUCUGGCAACUGUUUGUUUGUUUGUUUGUUGUUGUUGUGUGUCGAGAGGAAGAGUUUCCAGUGUGUGUAUAUUCAACUUUUCAACGUUUAAAACAACUAUGUAUUAAUCAGAUUUUAUAAUUGUGUAUCAUUGAGACAAGUUCCCUCUCUAACUUCCUUCCUCUUCCCCCAAACGUAUUGUAAUAUUGAGCACAAAAAUUAUAUAUAUAUAUAUAUAUAUAUAUAUAUAUAUAUAUAUAUAUAUAUAUAUAUAUAUAUAUAUAUAUAUAUAUAUAUAUAUAUAUAUAUAUAUAUAUAUAUAUAUAAAUCAUUGCCACAUUUCACGCAUUGUUCGCAGCUAAGACAUGUACAUCAUAUAACCAUCUACAUCUUCAUUAUUUCCCUUUAAAAAUAAACAAGUCCUCACCUUAAAACAAUCUGCAAUAGUGUCAAUUGGACAAUCAAUGUUCAAUGUUCAAUUAUGUAGGAAUUUGUCAAUUUUGUCAGUGAAAAAAAGAGAAAAGGUGAUAAACUGCUGAAAUACAACAAUUGCCAUGAGUGUUCACUGUGAAAUUUAAGUUGUGGUGUCUUGUACUCUGUGACGUCAUUAGAUGGCGCUCUCCUAUUGGUCAAUGAACGAAUGACGUCAUAAAUGUUCCUUCGUGAAUAUAAAAAAGGUUGUCAGACUAUUAUUAAAUUUGUGGAAUAUUGUUAAUUGAGAAUGUUAUUUAUUUACCAAAAAUUUUAAAUGUUAUAAAGUGUGUAUAAUAUACGUGUAAAAUACUAAUAUAAUUUUAUGCUGAAA